CGCCGGUGUUAAGAACAAGAAAAAUGCUGAGGAGACGAUAUGUAUUUUGAAAUUAAAUGUUCAAUUCCGAAGGCAAAGUAUAUAGAAUCAUAAAUAUAGAAGGGUAUACUCCUGUAGUAAGUAGACGAUGUUGUCCUUCAUGCCUCACGUGAUAUGGUACACCUUUCGCGUCUUGAUCGCGGUCGCCGCGCGUGUUCUGCCAGGAGUGCGUGGUUCACUGACGACAAGCAGUUGUUUCUUCACCGCAACACACUACCACCGUAUAUGAGAAAAUGUAUAUACUUACCGAAUCCUUUAAUACAUGGCAUUGAAUGUCAAUAUGGACUGUGGAGACUUCGAUUUUGACGAGGAUGUCGCUGAUGACGAUAUUCUGGGGGCGUUUGCUACCCCAAACAGGAUCACGGACAAUGUGUCCCAGCGUGCCCUUGAUGGGCCUUCCCAACACCAGGCGCAGCAAUUGAGCAACGGAAUUACAGAAAAGAGCCAUAGUACAAAUUCAUCAGUCUAUAGACCAGGGCUGAAUCGAACGGGCUCAGGCGUGUUUAAGCAAACAACGUUAUUUGGCAGCACUAUUUCCAACAAACCGAGCUCCGAGUCGCAACCAAACACAAGCAGAUUGUAUCGGGCUGAUCUCAACGAAGUACCGAGUCACCAUAGCCUUGAUUUAGAAGCCAUGGAAACCUGGGUUUAUCCCACAAAUCUUGGCGCCAUUCGUGACUAUCAGUUCAGCAUCGUCAAGAACAGUUUAUUUAACAACACACUCGUUGCGCUGCCGACCGGUUUAGGCAAAACUUUCAUUGCCGCGACAGUUAUGCUAAACUUCUAUCGAUGGACUGAAAAUUCGAAAAUCAUUUUUGUGGCACCAACAAAACCUCUUGUCUCCCAACAAGUCGAAGCCUGCUACAACAUUGCGGGCAUCCCACGGUCCGAGACAACACUGUUGACCGGCGACAUCGCUCCCGCUCUGCGCGUUGAUGAAUGGAGCAAUCGAAGGGUAUUCUUCAUGACGCCACAAACACUCCUGAACGACUUAUCUCACGGGUAUGCUGACCCGAAGAGCAUCUGUCUGCUGGUCAUCGACGAAGCGCAUCGCGCCGUCGGAGAAUAUGCUUAUGCCAAAGUGACGAAACUUAUUAGGAGAUUUUCCAACAGUUUCCGCGUUUUAGCACUGACUGCGACCCCUGGUUCUAAAAUUGAGACUGUACAGGAAGUCAUUGACAAUCUUGGUAUAUCUCAUUGCGAGAUUCGAACCGAAGACUCUAUCGAUAUACGUCAAUAUGUACACGACCGUAACAUCGAGACUAUGGUAUUGGACCCAUCCGAUGAGAUGAACCUAAUUGGUGAGCUAUUCUCAGAAGCACUAAAACCUUUGCUCGACAAAUUGAGUGCUCAGAAUAUCUGGUAUGGCAGAAGUCCCAUGGCUAUCACCGCAUUUGGAUUGCUCCAAUCGCAGAAGGACUGGUUUGCUACACGGGGAAAACAUGUGAACCAAGGUAUUCAGUUCAUGAUGAGAGCGAUCUUUGUAGUUUUGACGAGCCUUGCGCAUUCGAUCAAGCUGCUAAACUAUCACGGGAUCAAACCCUUUUAUGACAACAUGGUUGACUUUCGUAACGAAACAGAAGACAAAGGAGCCAAGGGCUCGAAAUAUAAGCGACAACUCAUUGAACACCCGAGUUUUCAGGAUAUGAUGAAUAAAAUUAGCUUCUGGAUACGGCAGAACUCCUUUGUCAGCCACCCCAAGCUUACGGCUCUGACCGAAACAGUUUUGAAUCACUUUAUGGACAGAGGAGAAGCAUCUGGAACCCGAGUGAUAGUAUUCAGCGAAUACCGAGACUCCGCGGAAGAUAUUGUGAGACAAUUGAAUCUGCAUCGGCCAUUAAUGAAGGCGAGUAUAUUCGUUGGCCAGGCCGAUGGUAAACGUGGAGAGGGAAUGAAACAGGCACAACAAAUUCAAACCAUUGAAAAAUUUCGGAAAGGCGACUUCAACGUGUUGGUGGCAACGUCUAUUGGAGAAGAAGGUCUUGACAUUGGCCAAGUUGACCUCAUUGUUUGUUACGAUGCGUCCGCAUCUCCUAUCCGCAUGCUGCAACGAAUGGGAAGAACUGGCCGUAAGCGAGCAGGAAACAUCGUGUUACUUCUCAUGCGCGGAAAAGAAGAGGACCAGUUUGCAAAAUCAAAAGACAACUACGAGAAAAUGCAAAGCUUGAUAUGUGAAGGAAGUAGAUUUAACUUCAGAUUCGAUCUCUCGACCCGUAUCGUCCCCAGAGGUAUCCGGCCUGAAGUUGAUAAACGCCAUAUCGAUAUUCCGGUGGAAAAUGAAAAAGACCAGUCAUUGCCAGUACCAAAGAAGAGACGAGCCCUGGCUGGGAAGAAAAUGCCAAAGAAGAAGUUCCAUAUGCCGGAUGGCGUGGAAACUGGAUUCCAAAACGUCACAGACUUGAUGGUUGCAGCUCGUGAGGCUGCCAUGCCACGGCGGAAUCCCGAGUUGGACAAUUUGGAGCCUUGCCCGAGUGUGGACUGUGUUAUCUUGGACGAAGAUGAGGCUAAAGAUCUCGAACGUUCUUAUCGUGACCUACCAUAUACGAGCAGUGCUAUUGAAGAGACCGCGAUGCCAAGCAUGACAGCACAUCCAGAGUUCCAAAGGACGCUUACACCCACUGUUCAUGUUCGACAUGGGCUGCGCACAAAACGCUGCGUCACGUUGCUGCGCAGCAUUGGUACCGAUUCAGAAAGCCUGGUACGAGACUGUCGAGACUGCGAUACCAGCAAUUACCUAGAAAUUUUUGCAAAGCCAUUUGUCAACUCCGAUGACGAAUCCGAAGCAGGACAGAAAAUAGAUUGCCAAACAUCAACGGAUAGGUAUGGCGGAACAUUGAAACGCAGGCUACCUGAACAUUUUACAGAAUUGGAUGAUAACGAUUUGGAGGACCACGACUAUGAGCAAGCGCCUAAGGAUCCGCAGCCAGGUGAGAUCAGCAUGAUGAAACCUGGUAAGGCAAAGGCAGCGAAAGCGGUCAAUGUCUCCAAGGCGGUAAAAAGGUCAAAAGAAAUCCGAUAUCAUGAUGCCGAUUUGCAAGAAGGCGAAGAGAUUGGAUUAACAAGGCGUAUAAAGCGUUGUUCUAAGAAAGGGAAGAAGAGGGACAAGGCUGCCAAGGUUAGCCAUUCGAUCAAACUCGACGAGAUUGGCGAUGACUGUGAUCGAGACUCUGAUGAGCUUGAUUCUGACGGAUCCGACUUUGGGUCGGACCUACUAGGAUUUAUUGUGUCGGACAACAAGACAGCAUCUAGCCUUCAAGGUUCACCAGCUCCAUCACCUUCUUAUAACAACGAUCAGACGCCUAACACAAGAAAAGAGAAGCCUUUUUUUGUACCAACGGCAUUUUCUGCUACACAAGAGAGCGACGAUAUGCCAGACGUCGACACGCUGGUGGUUAGGAAAGGCUCGAGCACCUCCACUAGGCCGACGAAGAAGCCGCCAGCUAAAAGGGCUAAGAAGCCUUUCAUGGAUGACUCUGAUAGCUCUUGUGAUGAUGAUGAAUUUGACAAAUGGCUUAAUUUGUAAAGAGCGCUGUAGAUUAUUUCCCUCGAGUGCUCUGUGGCCAAUGUGCCAGUUGCAGCUAUCCAAGGAGUAAGCUAACGGCAAUGCUUGAGCUGAAGUCGGUAAAAUAAAGAAGCAAGUAAAUAGCUUUGAGAAAUUUAAAUAAAAUACAAAAUACCCACCAAUUAAUCUACACCUAAAAUUUGCUCGCCCCGAUCAUUGAGUCUCGUAUGCGGUUCGGCUUUUGCGUUAACUGAAUCCUUAGGCGUCCAACAUUUUGCCGUCAAAGUCCGCGGCGCUAGCGUCAUCACAGAUUCCAGUCGCAGCAUAGUCCCCUCAUCGCCACACAGU